GACGAGUGCAUGGACCUGCUCGAGCAGCACGCGCAGGCGCUCGCCAAGAGCGUGACCUCUCUGCUCGAGGGCGUCGCGACCGGAGCUCCGGCUCCCGCCGCUGCGCCGAACCUCGAGGACGCGCUGCUGGAGGGUGCCGACGCGCCGGCGCCUCGCGGCGCGAUCGCGUGGGCGGAGGCGCGCGCGGGCGAGCAGCCCGGGGCGGUCGCCUCGACGCCCGCCGAGGCGCUGCUCCGCGCCGACCUCGAGGCCGUGCUGCGCCAGCGCUCGCAGCUGCGCGCCAAGCUGGUUGCCGAGACGGAGCGGCGCGAGGCGGCGGAGGCGGAGCUGGUCGCGCUCGGGGCGCAGUGGCUCGGCACCGAGACGCAGGCGGCGCUCCGCCGGCGGGCGGAGCAGCAGGACGAGCGACGGCUCAACGCGCACGCCGCAGCGCUGGCGCGAGAGGCGGAGCAGCGGGUCGCGCAGGCGCAAGCAGAGACCGCGGUGCUGCGGCAGCGGCUCGGCGAGGAGGCGCCGUCGCCGGUGCAGCUGCGGUCGCAGCUGCGGGCGGCGACGCGGGCAGAGGUCGAGAUCGCGCAGCGAGAGGCGCGGGCGGAGGUGGCGGCGGAGCUGGAGGCCGCGCGGGCGAGGUGCGACGGCCUGGAGCGCGAGCUGUCGGAAGCGGAGGCGCGGCACCGCAGCGACACGGAGCUGCUUCGCCAAGCGCUGCGCAAGGCAGACACGCUGCUGCAGGAGCAAUACGACACGGGCUUCGUCGCAGGUCUCAAACAGGCGGCGGAGGCGCUUGGCCACGGAGGCGGAGGCGGCGAGGCAGGCGGGCGAGGCGGCGGCGGCGUCGGAGGCGGCGGGGGAGGCGGCGGGGGAGGCGGCGGCGGCGUCGGAGGCGGCGGCAGCGGUGGGGCCGGCGCGGCGGGAAAGCAGAGGGGCGGGGGCGGCGGGGCAGAGGCUGCGGCGGGCGGACGGAACGGCGAUUGCGAUCCGGAUGUGAGCGGCUGGGACGGGAGCGCGUCGGGCGAGGCGCAGUGGCAGGGCGCGGCCACCGAGCGGACGGGGCCGCCCCUCCAGCCGGGGCCAGGAUGCGACACGGUAGAGGUGCAGUCUGUGCA